AUACGUCUGUGGUAUAAUUUUCCAUGAUUCAACGACGGAGUAAACAUUUUGAAGUAUUCGAAUUUCUGUUAAUACAAAUCGAUGUUCGGUAUAUAUAAACGAAGUAAAUAUUUCAUUCAUUUAGGUAAUUGAAUGCUUUGUCAAAGUAUAGUACAAAUAUUAGAAACAUUGUUUUCUCACAAUUUCUACAAGCAAUAACCUAACAAAGAGACAUAACAUAACCUAAUUUAACAAGUGAUAUUGUAAUUUAUCUUAAAAUAAAAUUAUAAAUAUGGAUAAAUCGAUCUUAAUGCAAAAGCAAGUGAAAGAUAAUGCAGAGGAUUUGCAAAAAGAAUUUCUUGACAUAAAAAAUUGGGAAGAACAAAUGAAAAGCAAAGAUGAGGAGCUAAGGAAUCAAAGAAGCGAACAGACUUCUUUACCUCCGAUUAGAAGCAAAAAUAAGAGUAAAACAAAAUUUACUCCUACAAAACAAAAUGGAUCUGAUAUUAAACCGAAAAGAAUUAAAUCAUACGAUUACUCCGCUUGGGAUAAAUUUGACAUAGAUGAAGCAUGUAAAGAAGUAAAUAAAACAGAGCAAUCAGAUAGUUCUGAGGAUGAAGUUAUGUCUAAAGAAGAAUUAGAAAAGGCACACAGAGUGGGAACAAAAUAUAAAAAUCAAGGCAAUAUUUUUGUACAGCAACAAAAAUGGGCAGAAGCGAUUAAAAGUUAUAAUCAAGCUAUAAAAGCUUUUCCGUACGAUGCUAUAUUUUAUGCAAAUCGUGCGCUCUGCCAAUUAAAAUUAGAUAACUGUUGUUCCGCAGAAUCAGAUUGUUCUGCAGCAAUACAAUUGGAUGCAACUUAUGUGAAAGCUUAUCAUAGAAGAGCAACAGCUAGAAUAAACUUAAAACAAUACAAGGAAGCUAAGCAAGACUUAGAAAAUGUCUUAAAAUUGGAACCUUCUAAUAAAGAGGCAAAGGUAUUACUUGCUGAAAUCGAAAAGAAGAUGAAAGUCUUAGAUUCGAUUAUCACAUUAAAAGAGGAUGCAAAGAAAUUAUCUGAAGAUACACCAAUUGAAAAACUGAUUGGUGAAAAAAUGUGGUCCAGUACUAAAACAGAUAUUAAAGAUGUUAAAGAAAGUAAAGAGGUGGGGAAAGAUAUUAGUAUGAAGAUGGAAAGAGAUGAAAAAGAUAAAGGUAGUAAGAAUCUGAAACAUGUUAAAGAAGAAAAUGUCUUAAAAUUGGAACCUUCUAAUAAAGAGGCAAAGGUAUUACUUGCUGAAAUCGAAAAGAAGAUGAAAGUCUUAGAUUCGAUUAUCACAUUAAAAGAGGAUGCAAAGAAAUUAUCUGAAGAUACACCAAUUGAAAAACUGAUUGGUGAAAAAAUGUGGUCCAGUACUAAAACAGAUAUUAAAGAUGUUAAAGAAAGUAAAGAGGUGGGGAAAGAUAUUAGUAUGAAGAUGGAAAGAGAUGAAAAAGAUAAAGGUAGUAAGAAUCUGAAACAUGUUAAAGAAGAUAUAGUACCUGGCAUACAAAAUAUUGCUACAGCAUAUAAUAAAAGAGAUCCACGUAUUCCUACUUGGUUACCAGAGAAAGAUGAUGUUGUUGUAAUAGAACCUAUUGAAAAGCCGCCUCACUUACGUUCGAAGAAGUUGCUAACAAGAAUACCCGUUGAAGAAGUAGAAUUUAUUAAUAUUCAGCAUGACCAAAAGAAUGACGGAACUACAUCUAAUGAACAUGAAUCUGUACAGUUAAAGGAAAAUUUUGGAGAUUGUCCAAAUAUUCCAAUUUCUUUACCAGAGAAAGACGAUGUUGUAACAGAAUCAAUUGAUAAGUCUUCUCACUUAAACUUGAAGGAGUUGGAAACGGGAGUAGUAGUUGAAGAAACAGUAUUUAAUAAAUAUGAACAUGCAGAGUUAAAGGAAAUUAGUGCAGAUGAGAAAUCUAAAAAUGAAAGUUCUAUUAAGGAUUCUAAAUCUGUAGAAAAUACUAACAAUAUACCACCAGUUCCUAAAACAGCCGUACAAUUUGUAACGAAUUGGAAAGCAAAUAAAUCGUCAGAAUUUAGGUAUAAAUAUUUAAAGCAAUUGCCCAAGAAUAGUUUGUCCAAAAUAUUUCAAGACUCUAUGGAAUCUGAUAUCUUUAACGACAUAUUGAAAGUUUUAUGGCUAGAAUUUAUAAAAAGAAAGGAGUCUAUAUUUUCAUAUUUAAAAGAUCUUAGCGAAGUUAAACGAUUUAGAGCUCUCAUUAUGUUCAUUAGCAACAACGAAAAACAAUGUUUAAGGGUGCUUUUUGAACAUUGCAAAACGAUCGAGAAUAUAUCACAAGAAGAACUUACAGCUUUGCAAGAGAAAUAUGAAAUUUGACAAGAAAUGGAUAUUAUGCAUUCAAGACCAUAAAAAAUAUUUCUAAGUUGUAAAAAAGGUUGUUUAAGUUAUGUGUUUUGUACGUAUAUUUUUAUUUAGCUA